AUGAUGUCAAUCAAUAGAUUUACCUCAGGUCGACUCCCUGUCCUCCUUAGAAAAUCCUCUUUUUAUUAUCCGAGAGCUUAUUUGCAUCAAACGGAUGUUUUCAAGCAAAAUAAAGAAGCUCUGCAAGAUUCGCCAGAGGUUUUAGCGAAGAGCUCACAUUUAAAUUCGAAACCACUAGAUGUAAGCAAUAAAGCGCCUAUAAAAACUGCUCAGAAUAAGAUCCCCUUAGCUCAUAGUAAGUAUGAAUCGUCGAAGUACGAGCUUCCCAAAUGGAAAGAAGCCUUGGGUGAACUAGUAAUUCGAGCAUUCCGUUUAGAUAUGGAUAGGGUGAGAGCAGGACCCGUUGCAGGAUCUUAUUACUAUAAAAUUUGUAAAGAGCAAGGUUUACAAUACGAGGAUGAGCCAUUAUCAGAAACCGCCAAAUACUUUUACGAGGAUUUGAAGCUACCACGUACUUUCUCACAAUGGUUCCAAAUUACUAUAUUGCACGAGUGGAUGCUCUUUGUACGUAUGAGAGGUAUGCCCUUCAAGUACGGCAGAAACUACCAGCAAAAAUUGGUGGAUAGAACAUUUUCUGACAUUGAGUUGAGAUUAUUCGAGGAAAUGAAGGUUAAUUCUGGUAGAAUUGCUGAUCAAUAUUUGAAAGAUUUCAACACACAAUUAAGAGGUGCGAUAUUCGCUUAUGAUGAAGGAUUUGCCACAGAUGAUGCUACACUUGCAACAGCAGUCUGGAGAAAUCUUUUUGGUGGGAGAAAGAACAUUGAUAUGGUUCACUUGGAAUCUGUUGUGAGAUACAUUUAUUCUCAACUAUACGUUCUAAGUAGGUUAUCAGACAGAGAAUUUGCCACGGGCAAAUUCAAAUUUGUUUCUCCUGGGGUGAAGGUCGAAAAGCUUACACCAAAGCAAGAGGAAGAGUUGAAGACUAAGACAGUUGCAAAAUACGAGGCUUUAGACAAGGAUCCUAAGACCCUACCGAGCGAGAGAAGUAGGCUGUCAUAUACAAAUUAG